AUGGACGGCAAAGAAAUGGCUGAUUCGGAGCCAGAGCCCAGCGACUCAAGCACGGACGAAGAGGACAACUUAAAAGGAAUGACCAACGCCCAAAAACUUUUGACUGAAAGUACCAUUCAAGAUACUCAAGAUGAGGCUUCAGUAAAAGAGCAAGAAUCUGGACAAGAGCAAGAUGAAACAGAAGUCAAAGAUAGUGUGGAUUCGAAACAUGUAGAGGCUGAGAAAGAUUUCAAAGCUGACACCGAAGAUGAAAUAAAAGAGGCAGCAGGAGAUUUAGAUCAAGAAACGUCUGAGGAAAAAGCUGAAAUACCAAGUGAAUAUCUUUCAGAAGAAUCCAUACCCUUCGAUUUAAAAGCAGACGAUGCAGAAUUAAAUAACACCAAGGAGGAUGAAGGUUUGGAAGAGAACAUUGGUAAAGAGGAAGCAGUAGGGCUUGGUUGUGAAAUAAAAACAGAUCCUGAAGAUGAUAAAAUGGCAGAAACUCUACCAAGUUCUGCAAGACAUCUGGUGACCUCAUUGUUGAGGGUGCUGAAAUAA